UAAAAAUAAAAAUUAUUAAAAUAAUACAAAAAAUAUCACUCAUAAAAACAGAAAUAAAUUCGCGUCAGUGAGAAAAACGGGGGGACGAGUGUACUGCCUACUACUGUUACUAUACCGAUCGAUAAUAUUACGCAUUACGGGGCGACUGUGAGAAGAGACGGAACGCACACAGACGCAGCUCUAACGCACACUCACACAACUCAGCCCCACCUCCUAAACACUCGCCCUCCGCGAAAAACGAAAGUAAACACGAGUGAGCUUUAAAAAAACUUGCAAACCGAAUUUAUAGAUUAAGGCAAACGAAGUACAAAGCACUGUGAUUAAAAAUUUGUGUUCAUUAAAGUCUGUUAACUGUGAUAAACAUGAUUGUGGGAGCGAAUAUGCGAAGUGUGAACCCAAUGUUGUUGGGUUACAACAUGCAAAACGUGAACAUGGUCAGUGUUCCUCAAAGUAGGGAGUCGAGCAUCGGCACGGCGCCGUCGACGCCGGUGCACAGCCACAGCUCCGAUCCCAAGCGCUCGUCCCCGCUGACGCCAGCGGAGCGGACGGGCGCGCCGCCGGGCGCGGGAAAGGACGCCGUCAAACUGUUCAUAGGCCAGAUACCGCGACACCUCGAGGAGGACGAUCUGAGACCCAUGUUCGAGGAGUUCGGCAAGAUUUACGAGCUCACGGUGCUUAAGGAUAAGCACACGGGCAUGCACAAAGGGUGUGCAUUUUUAACAUACUUCAAUCCUGAGAGCGCAUCCAGCGCUCAAACGGCUCUCCAUGAGAAACGGACACUACCAGGGAUGAACCGGGCAAUACAGGUGAAACCGGCGGACAGCGAAAAUAGAGGAGAUCGGAAGCUGUUCGUGGGCAUGCUGAGCAAACAGCAGACAGAGGAGGAUGUCCGUCAACUGUUCACACCGUUCGGCACAAUAGAAGAGUGUUCGAUACUACGGGGGCCGGACGGUGCGAGUAAAGGGUGCGCAUUCGUAAAGUUCAGCUCGCACCAGGAGGCGCAGGCAGCCAUCACGAGCCUGCACGGAAGUCAAACUAUGCCGGGUGCGUCAUCGAGCCUCGUGGUAAAGUUUGCGGAUACAGAAAAGGAACGACAAUUGCGGCGCAUGCAGCAGAUGGCUGGUAAUAUGAGUCUGCUCAACCCCUUCGUGUUCAAUCAGUUCGGAGCCUACAGUACCUACGCACAAGUCAUCACGGAACAGCAACAAGCAGCGUUGAUGGUCGCCGCGACGGCACAGGGCUACAUCAGUCCGAUGACAGCACUCGCCUCGCACGCUCUCAACGGCAUGUCGAACACUGUGGUACCACCCUCCUCGGAUAACUUCUCUGGACUAGCGAUAGGGACAGGUGGCGGGCAACCAUUGAACGGAGCCCUGCCAUCAUUGCCCUCUCCAACUAUGCCUGGCUUCAACAUGGCCGCUCAGACUGCUAACGGACAGCCCCCACCGCAAGAUGCCGUCUACACCAAUGGCAUACAUCAGACCUUCACUGGACCUGUUCCAGUAACUGCACAAGGCCUGCCCAACGGUGAGGCAGCAGCACUGCAACACGCGGCUUACCCGGGCAUGCAGCCCUUCCCUGGAGUCGCUUAUCCAGCGGUAUAUGGGCAGUUUCCGCAGCCCAUCCCGCCACCGAUGUCAACGAUUGCGCCUGCGCAAAGAGAAGAUUUUCUUAUGUUCCCAGGCUGCUCCAUCUCGGGCCCCGAGGGCUGCAACCUGUUCAUCUACCACCUGCCGCAGGAGUUCGGGGACGCCGAGUUGAUGCAGAUGUUUCUGCCCUUUGGCAACGUCAUCAGCAGCAAAGUAUUCAUCGACCGCGCCACCAACCAGAGCAAGUGUUUCGGCUUCGUAUCGUUCGACAACCCGGCGUCGGCGCAGGCGGCGAUCCAAGCGAUGAACGGCUUCCAGAUUGGCAUGAAGCGGCUGAAGGUCCAACUUAAGCGGCCCAAGGAUGCCAAUCGGCCUUACUAACCCAAGACGCCGUCCCUGCGCGCUCAUCGCGUGCCCAUGGUGGCGGCCGGAGCGCACGGCACGCCCGAGGCGCGCCAGUUCGCGUGUUAUCAACAAUUCUAUGGAAUUUACUACACAUUUAUUGUAUAGCAAAUAUCAUUACCUACAUACUUACCUAAAGAAUUAUGCAAGCCCACUCGGCGAGUAUACUAAAUUAGUUAAAAGUAAUUUAUUAAAUCAGCGCGUAGGAAUGCUUCAUUCUUAUCAUUAUC